AUGAAAAUCAGCAGUAUCAUCACCCCAAUGCUUGUGGCCGCAACUGCCUACGCCGCCUCGGGCGCCCACAAAGUAACCCAGGCCGAGUAUAAUGACUGGGAAGGCUGCCUGCAGAACCUUUUAAAAGCUUUUGACGAGGGAGAAGUAGGCGACCGGGCUCCUUGCGACUACUGGAGCUGCCUACAUGUUGCAGCUAGCAAGCACGAUAGAGGCGGCAUUCUCACUGGAGCGUCCAAUGUCCUUACUGGUGUCUGUGGCGUUGACAAUGUGGCUAGUCAUCUUCUGGGCUGGGUACAUGAACCCCAACUAUGA